AAAACUUGCCUGAAAACUUCUGACGCGCCUCCGCCGUCUAGUCACUGAUCACGCUGCGGCACAGCUUGCCAGCAGCACCUUGGGCACCGCCGGUCCUUAAUUAUAAGGCACGAUCGCUCCCGAUCUUGCCCGGCUGUAGCGCCCGACAAGAAAAGAGCUGGACGCCGCGUUCGGAAGAGCGGAGCGGGGCUGAGAGAGCGGAGAAGCGCAGGGGACAGAAAGUCAGACUCGCGAGCGUGUAAAAGGAAGUGACAGCCUCGCAAAGCCGACUUAAGAGAACCAAAACAGACAUGGUGGACACACAGAUUCCCACCUGGUGCACGAGCUUCGGCCUGAACUCGGUGGACCUAGCCGAGCUGGACGACAGCUCACACUCCUUCGACAUGAAGCCCUUCAGCACGCUAGACUACGGCACCAUCACGGACCUCGGCUACGAGACGAGCCCCCAUCAGGCCAGCGAGCUCACGCACGUGGACUACAUGUACAGCUUCAAGGCACAGGAGAACCAGAGUGCGGUGAAAGCGGAGCCAGAGUCGCCACCUCAGUUCUACGAGCGCGGCCUCCCGUACCCCCGACCGCACGAGGACAGCCCCCCUGCCGCUGCCACCGCGCUCAACAUCGAGUGUCGCGUUUGCGGGGACAAGGCCUCAGGCUUCCACUAUGGUGUCCAUGCCUGCGAGGGCUGCAAGGGCUUCUUCCGGAGGACCAUACGGCUCAAGCUGGUGUAUGACCACUGCGAUCUGCACUGCCGCAUCCACAAAAAGAGCCGAAACAAGUGUCAGUACUGUCGCUUUCAGAAGUGCCUGAUGGUGGGCAUGUCACAUAAUGCCAUUCGCUUUGGCAGGAUGCCCCAGGCGGAGAAGGAGAAGCUCCUGGCGGAAUUCUCCUCUGACAUGGACCACAUGCACCCGGAGUCGGCCGACCUCAGGGCGCUCGCUAAGCACUUGUACGAGUCCUAUCUCAAGUAUUUCCCCCUGACCAAAGCCAAGGCCAGAGCCAUCCUCUCUGGAAAGACCGGCGGCAACGCACCUUUUGUCAUCCACGAUAUGAAGUCCUUGACGGAAGGGGAGCAAUUUAUAAACUGCCGGCAGAUGCCGAUGAUGGAGGCGAGGACCGACUACAGCCCCGUCAACAGGCCCGCGGACGAAGUAGAGCUGCGUUUCUUCCACAGUUGCCAGUUCCGCUCCGCAGAGGCCGUCCGCGAGGUCACCGAGUUCGCCAAGAGCAUCCCAGGCUUCGUGAGCCUGGACCUGAAUGACCAGGUGACGUUGCUGAAGUACGGUGUCAUCGAGGUGAUCAUCAUCAUGAUGGCGCCUCUCAUGAACAAGGAUGGUACGCUCAUCUCCUAUGGGCAGAUCUUCAUGACGCGCGAGUUCCUUAAAAGCCUACGCAAGCCCUUCUGUGAGAUGAUGGAGCCCAAGUUUGAGUUCUCUGUCAAGUUCAACAUGCUGGAGCUUGAUGACAGUGACAUGGCACUCUUCCUCGCCGUCAUCAUCCUCAGUGGAGAUCGACCAGGACUGCUGAACGUCAAGCCCAUCGAGGAGCUCCAGGAGACGGUCUUGCACACCCUGGAGCUCCAGCUGAAGAUGAAGCACCCCGACUCCCUACAGCUCUUCGCCAAAGUCCUCCAGAAGAUGACAGACCUCCGGCAGGUGGUCACCGACCACGUCCACCUUAUCCAGCUGCUCAAGAAGAGUGAGCUUGACAUGCAUUUGCAUCCCCUGCUGCAGGAGAUCAUGAAAGACCUGUACUAGGCCUUCCAUCAUGGGCUACUAAGUGCUACCCAGAAGUGGUGAUACCGGAAGGUCCUAAGUGACAGUAGGGGUAAACUGAGCGUAACUUUCCAUUGUCUAAAAGAUGGUGAAUUAGUCACUUGUUCCAGAAUAGCGAUGGCUUUUAGUCCAUUGCUGUCUGCAUUCAUGCCCUCAGUUGCAUCACUUUUUAAAGGACACAGAACCACUCAUAGCUUCCUCAGGAAAAGAGGGACAUUUAAUGUGUUUAAUAGGGAGGUUUAAUAUGACUAAGCAGCAGGCACUUUGUUGCCACCGUCAAACAGAGAAACUGGUAUUCAAAAAGAAAAGAGAUUUUAAUCAACCACUAUGGCAACAUUGCUGUGAAAUCAGAACACGUGAGAAUUCUUAUGUCUUCAUUUUAUAAACAUUAUUAAUUCAGAUGCAAACGCAUUGCCCAUAUAAACCUUCGAGUGAUCGAAGGUUUACCUCAGGCCUGGCAAGAAACUGCAUAAGCCUAAAUUGAAAAAGGGUAUUGAUUCAGACUGACAUUUCAUGUAUCUCUCUGAUAAAACAAUGAAAAUGUGAAUACAUCUUUAAAUGCUUUUGCAGAACAAAUAUAGCACAGGAAAAGGCUGAUAUUAAUGUUGUUUCUUUUUUGUAUGUCGCCAAUAAAUAUAAUGAUAAAAUAACAAGUUUUAUAUUUUAUGCCAAACCCACUGUGUAGAUUUUCCCUUAAGUUAUGUGUGUAUUGCAAGUCCAUCCGACUUAUGGAAGGUUUAUAUAUAGAGACAGGACCUUCAAAUCGUCAAUGUCCUGUUUUUGCGAAGAGUUUACAUGCUACAAGGCCAAACAGAGAAUGUCUUCUUGAUUAGUUUAGGUUCCUGAUUAUUAUUUUUUUUUUACAAUUCAAAAAAUAUCUUUGAGUGUCAAUAAAUAUUUUCUAAGCAA